AAUUGACCAAUCACCUGAAGGUGUAUUUUGAACCAGUGGCGGGUGCAGGAAAUGAUAAAACGGUUCACUUAUUUGACUCUAUACGUUUGAAUCCCAUUCCCGUAAUGUCUAUAAUCUCAAUUUCGAGGUUAUAUACGCUAUAAAGUUCUAAAUUCAAGAUGGAUCGUGGGAAGCCGCUUUUUAUGAAAACGUAUAGCAAGCAUCUUCGGAAAAUCCCUGCCUGGAUCUCUCCUGACAGCCACAAACUGGCAUUCGACUCCAGCCUCUCCACCGGGGCGGACUCCUCUGUCUGGGAGCCCCCCAUAGCCCCGGAGAUCAGCAUGGAGAGCGCUACUUUCGCCAGCCGUAAGGGAAGGCGACCUGCCAAACGAAAAGUGCCGGUGUGUCAGAAGGAGAAGGAAAACACGUCCCCUGCCGUUGAUCCUCCGGUUAAGCAGAGGAAGAAGUACAGCAGGUGGACGACUGCCAAGCCGCCAUUAGACAGCAGCGAGAGCGAAGUGGACUUCACAUCUCGCCCGAAAAGAAGUAAGGUUACUGCGCAACGGAAGAAAAAGUUGAUAAAUGUCCCUGUUCCUUCAGCGGGCCGCUACGUGACCCUCCGCAGGGCAGCCCCCCCGCCCGCUGUCCGCGGUAAGGCCAGCUGCAGCUUCCUGAACUCCUCUGCUGAGUUUGUUGCGAGCCAAGAGUCCGUCGCGCCCCGUCGGAUCCCCCGGCCGGCCACCGGGCUUCAGAGCUGCACCUCGGACGUGUCCGAGCCAGGCUCGGGGACUCUGAGCCUCGUCGCCGACCCACACCGACCGGAGGUUUCCCCGGCGGACGCCGCCAAGCGCGCUCUCGGACCCUCUCCCAGCAAGCCCCUCUUCUGCUCCACUCCGUCGGUCUCUUGGCGCAAUGGGCCGCGCCGAAGUCCCGCUGCCGCCACGGUCGCCGCCGCUGCCCCUGCCCAGGACACCUUGAGCCAUUUGAGUUUCCUCUGUACGUCGGACCUGCACUCGUCGGGGGACCCGUUCCACGCUCCCAACGCCAAGAGCCGAGAUGAGGAGACAGGGUGUCCCUGCGUGAUGGACGGCAUCCCAUUCCCAGCCGCCUCCUCCCGCAUAUCCCCUGACACCGACAACGACAGCCGCUUCGUGUCUGCGCCCGCAUGGCCGGAAUGGCCGGAAUGGAUGUUGGAGGUUUUAAAACAUCUCUGUCUGACCGAGCACUGCACUGUGGCGUUGGAGAGGUUGGAAAAGCUGAUCCCAGGAUCCCUGGAUGGGUCAAGUUCAGGCCAUUUUCAGAAAACCCCCCGGUCGACGGAGUCUGUCGACGACGGCCACUCGGUGGACCCGGCGCGGUCCGAGGGCAACGGAGCGACCCCCGACCCGACACCGACGUUGCUCGCCGGGGACGUUACUGAGCGACAGCCCGCCGUGUCCGCCCGCGGCGGUCGGACGGCGGUCCGAUCACAGUCGGCCUCGAGCUCCGCCGACUAUCAGUCGGCACAGUUUACCGACGGUUUCGUGUCCGUUGAUAACACAACUUGUUCAGAGGACUCCGAGGACCUGUCUUGUGUCAGUAUAGAUCCUACCUACAAUGUUGAUGAUGAUGAGGACGACGAAGAGGAGGAGGUGGAUGUGGAUCGGGACAACGACGAGGACAGUGAUUGUAGUGUGGCGGGUGCAAGAGGCACUCACCCACUGGAGGACAGCCCCCCCGUCGAAGAGCGGGGCGCAGCCCUCAGGCCGAAGGAGUGCCAUGUUCCCCUCCGGAGAGUGUCUUUGUCACCGCAGCCCGCGACUACGCCGCUCCAACUUGAAGCAUCCAGUCCGAGGAGUCACACUGUCGAACAAACGGCAAAGCCGUCUGAAAGCUCCUCUGCUCCUCAAACGGAUCAGGCAGGACGCAAGCGUGACAGGACGAGUACUGCUCGUCGGUGCAGGGCGGUCCCAUGCCCGACUCCUCCCCCGGACCGGGGGUGCGGUGUAGCCGGGCCCCCGGAACCUGCAACCACGCCGCAGGAGGCGUGUCUCACAAAGCCCUGCGCCGUGCUGGUCAAGAGGACCCCAGACCCCGGCCCGGCCCCAGACAGACCUGAGCCCGACGAGCGGCCCGAGUGGACCGCACGCUCUCCCAGGAGAAGGAGCUCCCCGAAGGGUGUCCCGGAGGUGGCCAUCGCUCCACACGCCCGGGCCGUUGAGCCUCUCACAAAGCCUGCCCAAAGGAAGGCGGCGUCCAAGGCUCCAAAAGUGAAGAGGAGGAAGAGGUGCUUGUCCAAGGGCCAGGGGUCCGGGACGGCGAGGAAGGCGUGCGUCAGCGGCCUGAGCGUCAGCCGCUGGAAGGACCAGAGCAACACCAGCAGCACCCUCCUGUUCCAGGGCAGACCCGGGCCCCGCGGGGCCCCGAAGGCCGGAGAAUGCAGCUUCACGGAGCCGCUCUCUAUGCAGCAUAAACCAUCCACGGUGUGGAGCCAGGGCCCCCUUCGUGGGAGCAGUGGACUGCUGUCCUCCCCAGUCCGGGCUCACAGCCUCAACCUGUCCUCCGUGCUGGCAGACUUCACGCCCAACACGCACACCUGGAGCCGACUGAAGGCGUCCCUCUCCGUGCACCGGAAGAAGAGAGUCGUGGUCAAUCUCGAAGACUCCUCCAGUAGGGACAUCAGCAUGGAGCUCUUCACCACGUUCACACAAACCCCAUACCGGGACCAUAGCAGAGCCUCGCUGCUGCUCAGCCCCCCUGAGUCAGCGUCCCAGAACGGGGAGGACCUGUCGGACGCCCAGAAGGUGUACUCCGAGUGCGGCCAGCAGGGGCCGCUGUCCUGGGAGGAGAGCAUCCUCCCCCACCGCCUGGCCCGAUGCCUCAAGGUCGGGGAGGGCACCUUCGGAGAGGUGUUCUCCACCACCAACGCCUCGGACCAGACGGUGGCCAUCAAGAUCAUUCCAGUGGAGGGCAGCAAAACUGUGAACGGAGAGCCUCAGAAGACCUUUGGGGAAAUCCUUGCUGAGAUCAUCAUAUCCAAGGAGCUCAGCGACCUGAGGAACAAGACGCACAACCAGACCAACGGCUUCAUCGGACUCCAGGACCUGCACUGUGUCCAGGGCUGCUACCCUCCAGUGAUGCUGCAGGCCUGGGACGCCUUCGACCAGUGCAAAGGCUCCGAGAACGACAGACCAGAUUUCUUCGAGCCGCAGCAGUUAUUCCUCAUCCUGGAGUUUGAGUUCGGGGGCAGUGACCUGGAGAACUGCAACGGAACGCUGUCCUCCUUGUCUGUGGCCAAGAGUAUCCUACACCAGGUGACCGCUGCGCUGGCUGUGGCCGAACAGGAGCUGUGCUUUGAACACAGGGACCUCCACUGGGGCAAUGUUCUGGUGGAAACCACCAAGGCCAAGAAAGGGGCGGCGACCUUCCUCCUCGACGGAACAAACCACUCUUUGGACACCAAAGGGGUGCUCGUCCACAUCAUUGAUUUCUCGCUGUCCAGGCUGGAAAUCGACGGCCUGACGGUGUCAUGUGACAUCUCCAACGAAGAGGAGCUGUUCACGGGCCGGGGAGACUAUCAGUUCGACAUCUACAGGCUGAUGCGGCAGGCCAACGGCAACAACUGGAACGCCUACCGGCCCCACUCCAACGUCAUGUGGCUCCAUUACCUGAGCGGCAAGCUGCAAUCCAUGAAGUACCGGAUGAAUGGUGGCCGCGGCCAUAUCCAGAUGCGGAAGAUGCUCACACAUUUCCACGAAAACGUGCUCCAAUACUGUUCGGCCACCGAUGCCCUCCGGAGCUGCCCUCUGUUCCAGUAGUGUGUGUGUGUGUGUGUGUGUGUGUGUGUGUGUGUGUGUGUGUGUGUGUGUGUGUGUGUGUGUGUGUGUGUGUGUGUGUGUGUGUGUGUGUGUGUGUGUGUGUGUGUGUGUGUGUGUGUGUGUGUGUGUGUGUGUGUGUCGUUUUUUAUUUUUGGCAUAAUUUUUCAAUAAAUUUUAAUUUUUGACGUGACGUAUCCAGACCAGUGGAGUUAACCAAUAGAUACGACUUUACCAUGUCCGAUCGGUAAAACAGCAACGCUUUUGCUCCCGCCUAUGUUGAUACAUCGAUGUGAUUGGUUAAUGUUCUGGGCCAGGGGUGGCCCAGAAUAUACACGAGUAUAUUGCUCGUUCCCUGAGUGACUCGCUAAGCAAACUCAAAUUGUGCUCUCGCGAGAACUCUGGAUUUCCAGGGUAGUAUCGGCUCCAACUAUGGGCUUAAGGAAAAUCGGUAUUGGCGUAUCGGUCAUCGGCUAAGGCUGAUGGGAAAAAAAAAAUCUUUAUCUGUCUUAAAAAAUCCAUAUUGGUCGAUCCCUAGUUAAUAAAUAAAUGCGAUGUAAACGUGGUAUGUCUCUAUAAUUUUGAUGGAUGAGAGCGGACAGUAUUAACUUGUGUUACAUCAUCACCCGUAGAUAAUGAGGCCUCAUACAGGCUACUUAUUAAUCACAGACACCAACAGAUGGACACUCUGGACUGGCUCAUGUGUACUGUAUCACUAGUUCAUACAUACGAUUCUUUCAAUACUGAAGUUUAACUGGGGAGAAUAUGAAUCGAUCAUUGCAACGUGGCCCUAACUUUCGUAUGGCAUGUAAAGAAAUGUUUUGGGACAGAGGAAUUUGGUUUUAUGCAAAGAAAGAACUCAAGUACUGUUUCUGGACUUGUUUGUGUAGACAAUUCCUGGAAUAUACUUUUAUUUAGUAAUUUAAAAAAUAAAAAGUAAGUCCUGCAAAUACAUUGUCAAGACGAAACAAUACUUCAACGGACAUACAUAAUAUAAUAAAACAAAGGCAUAUAAAAACAAAAUUUAUUCAUUUCUUAAGAUAUAAUACAUUUUUGCAUUUGAAACCAGCUCCAACUUGGUGUGUGUGUGUGUGUGUGUGUGUGAGAGCAUUUACCGUCUUCCCCAUACAUGAAGUUACCGUAAUGUGAUGCUGUCGCUUGUUUUGAGUCAUGAUAAGGAUUAAGGAUCAAUAAUUGUUAACAAUGUGUCGUAUGUUUCUGUAUCUAUAGAUAUAUAUCCCUUUUUGUUCGUUUUAGUUUAUUCUUUUUUUUUUUUUUACAAAGGAAGACUUAAAAUGAAUUCAAACGAUAAGGCAUCCCAAAAUGGAUGGAGACCGGACGCCCGGUUGUGUUUGUCAGAAGAGGUCAGGCAUGUUCUGGAGAAGCACUUUUUGGUUGAGCUUUGAGGCGAUGUAGACGGAUGGAGCCUGCUGGUCAGGUUGCGGGUGGAGGCGAUGUGCUCGUGUGCGUGAGGGUGGGUUUAAGGGUGGAGAGGCCUCUACUACUACAAAGCAAAGAGCAUGGGGUUUGCGGCUGUCUUCUGAACUCUUCGUUCACCGUCCUAAUAUGGGCGUGACUCAUCAACGCGGCCUGUCACCGGGGUAACGUAACUUAUCUCAACCUGCAGGCGUGUGGACUCAGUGUAUUGACUGGUAAGCGCCAUAACAACAAAAACCUAUUUAUCCACCUUUUUUCGUCCGGCUUCAACAAUUACAACUAAUCUUUGAAGUCUUUACAUCUGCACACUGCUGUAGCAGCUUGGUAUCGGAACAAACGCUUUCAUUUCUUUUCUUACUUCAUUUUGAACAGGAGAAUAAAAAUAUGGAUCGGUCUAAAAAUGGCCGCCGGUUGACAAAGGCGUGUGAAUGGAAGCCAAAGGUGUUGUGUUGUACUUUUUGAAACCACUGAAGGUGCCAGUGACUGGAUUCACUUCUGCAAUCACUCACACGCUUCUCCGCAUCUGGCAGCAUCAAAACAUUUAUUUUCAUCGUUUUCAAUAAAAAAUAAAUUAAGUGAUUGUGGGAGUAAUAAUUACAAUUUCACAUUCUCAGUUGUUCCUUGUU